UGUGGAGCCAUGGAAUCAGUCUCUGAGUCGGACCACUAGAUUCGUGUUCGGGAGAGUCGAGGCGUUAGCUAAAAGGUCUCAUUCGAUUGAAGAUUCUUUGCAGCUGCCCAUGUGUAUCAUCUUGUAUCAUUUUGUAUCAUCUUGUAUCCAUUCGUUCUCUCCAAGGGCUCAAGUGAAAACCCGACGAAGGGAGGUGGCCCCUAGUCCCGCCCCUUUCGAACGAUGUCGCGCUCCAACGUGCGGAGUUGGAGCAUGGAGGAGGUGCAGGCGUGGUUGUUACAGCAAGGCCCCCAUGUGGCAAAGCCCGAGGUCAUGGAGAGCUUCCGGGCGAAUGAAGUGGACGGGGCCAUCUUGCUACAUUUGACACAAGAAAACAUCCGCAUCGAGUUGCAGGUCCGGAGCCUGAAUGCCAGGAAGAUCCUGUGGGAUCGAGUGAGCGAGUUGCAGUACUUGGAGGGCAGCCGGCUGCUGAAGAAGGUUGUGAAGAUGCAGUUGGAGUGCUCUGAAGAUGACCUGCAGCACAGUACACUGGAAGCCAAUUCCCAGGAUGAUUUCAUACAGGCAGUGCAGUUGUGGCAGGCUGACCUGCAGAGGGUUCAACAGAUUAUGGAGGAUGCUGAGAGGAGCAGCCUACUGCAGUCCAUGGAGGUUGGUCGGGAGAUGUUUGCCGAGGCAGGGUAUGUUGCCGCGCAAGAGCUACAGACUCACGUGAACCAGGUCGUCGAGCUCGAGAGGUCAGAUGCCCAAGUGGCCAGGGAUGUGCACAUUGGGUGGAUUGAUGUGCAAGUGGCUGGUGUGCUGCAGAGGGCCCAGCGGCAAGUCGAAGUCCCUUUGGCACCGAGCACAAUGGUAACCCCAACUAGCGUGGCUUCAUCAAGUGCUGCUGUCACAACAGCUGCAGAUGUAGCUCCAAGCAGCGCCGCUUCAAGCUCCGCUGCAAUUUCCAGUGUGUUUGAGUUCGUGUCGACAAAUGAAGCUGCUCAAUCCAUGGCUGCUAGCUCCGUUGCUACAAGCAAAGCGGCCAGCAGCGGGGAGCCUAUGCCAGAGCCAGGGCCAAGCUCGAAUAGAUCUAAGCUCUUGAAGUGCAACACAUGUUUCGAAAAGAAGACUGAGUCAUACGAGUUGAGCUGCAAGCAUGCUAUGUGCAGAGACUGCUUAGCCAAGUUCUUCAUAAGUGCCACAUCGGAUCUCACAAUGUGGCCUCCUCGCUGUUGCUCCCAGCCAAUCGAUCUUGCGCUCGCUCAGCAGGUGCUUCCGCUCGAUCAGAAGAUUCGCUUCAUUGACCGCAGCAAGGAGGCAAAUGCCAAGAACAAAAUGUAUUGCAGCAACCCGCGGUGUUCGCUUUUCCUUGAUCUGGACGUCGUUGGCAUGGAGGACACCAAGUAUUCAUGCCCGCAAUGUGACACCUUGCUCUGCUUGCAAUGCCGUGGGCCAGCGCACCCAGAGCUUACCUGCCAAGAAGCAGCAGAGAGAAAACAGUCUUCGGCAGAAGAGCAGCAGCUGCUUGAGUUGGCAGGGCGACAGGGUUGGCGACGAUGUGGUCGCUGCGGGGUGAUGGUGCAGCUCUCUUCUGGCUGCAAUCACAUGACGUGCCGCUGCGGACAUCACUUCUGCUACCACUGUGGCUCCAAUUGGUCUGGACCGGAUAAUCAACGCCUAUGUCGCUGCCCGCUGUGGCAGGAGGAGAAUCUCAUUGUGGAUGUGCAGAGGCAGGUUGAAAGGCGGGAAAGGGAAGUGCGAAGACCGCUGAGAGAGCAGGAAGUGCAGGAGAUUCGAUACCAGUUGCAAGUGGAGGAAGAAUGCACCCAUGAUGGAUCCAGGCAAAGGAAGUAUAGGCACUAUGGAUCUUAUGGCCUGAAUCAAGAGUGCGCCAACUGUGGCUUCAGGAUGUAUCACUACGGCUUCCAAUGUAGACAGUGUGGAGACUUGGUUUGCCAUACUUGCCACCACCACCGCCUACACUAGUGAUGCUGGCAAGUAGCCUUGCAGUUGGCACAGAACUCGCUUGGCUUGUCAGCAAAGUGAGGGGGUUAGAUGAUCGGGCAUCUUGACUUGGUGGACCCAAUCUUAUGAAUUC